AGAUCUGUGGCUCAAAUGGCGGAGGGGACUGAUCACGAGCAGGCGCUGAAGCGGUACGUGGCGAAGGUGCAGGAGCACCGCGAAUUCGAAUCCCGAGUGAAAAAGCUACGGGACACCGUGAAGAAGAACUCCGUCGACUACGACAAGUCCGAGGACCACCUCAAGGCUUUGCAAAGCGUGGGGCAAAUCAUUGGUGAGGUACUGAGACAGCUCGAUGCCGAGCGCUUCAUCGUGAAAGCCUCCAGCGGCCCACGCUACGUGGUGACCUGCAAGGUGAAGCUCGACAAGUCGAAGCUCGUCUCCGGCAGCCGCGUCUCCCUUGACAUGACGACGCUGACCAUCAUGCGACUUCUUCCAAGAGAGGUGGACCCCAUGGUCUUCAGCAUGCUUCAUGAGGACCCAGGGAAGAUUUCGUACGGUGACGUCGGCGGGCUCACAGAACAGAUCAGGCAGAUGAGAGAGGUCAUUGAGCUGCCUUUGACGAAUCCAGAACUCUUCAAGCGAGUCGGUAUCAAAUCUCCGAAGGGGGUGCUCCUCUAUGGGCCCCCUGGCACCGGCAAAACUUUGCUGGCGCGCGCCAUGGCCCACAACAUGAUUGCCAGCUUCAUCAAGG